AACUUAACCUUAAAAAAACUAUCUGUUCGAAGUGUCAGGUCAUUCACUUUACAACAAAAUAUGUUAUCUGUGAAGAUAUUCGAGAGUAAAAGUGCAAUAUCUUUUUCUAUGACGAGUUUGAUAUUUAAAUAGAUAAAUUUUCGAGAUUGUUUAUUGACCAAUAUUAAUGAUAAUGGAAGUGACAAGUGACCGUCCUGACAGUCAAAACUCAUGUGAAUCUUCGGAGAAUAAUCUCCAAAAAAAAGUGAAUGAAAUCUGCGAAGUAUCAUCAAAUUGGCAGAUUAAUAAUGCAAAGCAGUUUAUUGAUACAAUUUCUAUCGCUCCGCUUUCAAAAACUUCGAAGAGACCAAGUCUAGAAGAAAUAGUUUCAUUAGACACGUGCAUUGAACUUCGUAAUUCCAAAGAAUCGGAAUACGAGCCCUGUGUUAUAGAUAUUAAAAUAACAAAUGGACAAAAAAUAAGCAGUAUAGCUAUAGUUUCGGAAGCAUCUGUUUUGGAGAUUUUUAAGCAAUGUGGAGAAUAUGCUUCAACGGUUUUCGCAGAAUUUGUCGAUGAGUUUCAAAAUAAUUCAGUUUACAUGGGAAUAGUAAAUCUCGAUUCUCCUACUUCGGAAGCGAGUGUUAAGUUUACCAAGGCAAAAAAUAAGACUUCCCUAGUGUGGCUGUAUGGCAUAAGACUCAUGUUGACAUAUCCAGAAGCGAAAGAAGAGUCAAAGAUGUUCAACCCGCAAAUAGUUAAUGACUUUCUUGUAAGUCUGAAUAAAUCCAAGUCCAAGAGCGUCGAGAUUGCAAAUAAAGUUUUGAAUUCGAUCAAUUUGCGAGAGUCAAAUCCAGCAAAUGAUGACGUCGACAUGUCCCUUGCGAAAUUCAUUGGAAUGGGAUUAAUGACUCAUAGACAAAGAGUUGUUAGGAAUGAAAAGGAGAAACAAAAAUCCGAAUCGAAGACUUCGGAACGUAUUGCUGAUCCUUCUCAAAACAACAGUGUUUCCGACCUUAGAACUUUCAUAGAUAGCAAAUUUAUAGAAAUGGAAAGAAAAAUGAUGGAGAGAAUAGAUGAAUUGGAGGCAAAGACUAAUAAAAAAUUAGACACUAUUGUGCAAAUUUUGGAGAAGAUGAACUCGACGUAACUUUUUCUGCGCUAGUAUAGAUGACGAACUGCGAUUAAUUUAAUUCAUGAGAUUAUUUUAUUGUGAUUUUUUGUGUGAAUGUGUUAGAUAUAGUCUAGUUUGCAAUAAAGUAUUCUUAAAAUAAUGAAACUAA